AUGAAAAUUAAUCAUCUCAAUACUGAAAUUUGUAAUUAUUGGUUUUAUAAUUACAAGAAGAUAAACUAGAUCUUGAGAAUUAAGGUCAUUCUGUUAGAUCUCUAUUAAAAGUGACUGAAUAAGAUCAAGAAAUCAUUUUAUAUGAAAAUUAGAACUCAAGGACAUAAAGAUAAAUUGAUCAUUAAAGUUUUGCAAGUAUAAUUAUUGAAUCAAAAAAUAAGUAUUACCUCUAAAUAAUUAGAUUGAGUACAACUAGCAAUCAUCUAUAAAGAAAGAAGGCAGUUAGUUUUCAAACUAAUAAACCCAUGCUUAAUUAUAAAGAUGAGAGUCCAGUUUAGUCUGAAAGUGAAAAUUCGAUUGAAAAUAUUGGGUUUAGCAAUUUAAUUUGGAAAAAAAAAGCUUUAGAGAUCUUGAUGAUUACAUUAAGAUUUAUAAGCUUUAUUACAAAAUCAAAUUUUGCAACAAGCUUUAAAUUAAUUAAGAAAAAUGUUUUUGACAUAAUAGGAGAUGUUUCAGCAGAGUUUGAAUUUUAUCAACAGAGGAAUUUCUUUAAAUAUGAAGUAUAUAUAUAAAUAUAUUAUUAUUAAUAUUAGAAACCUACUGGAUAUUAGAGAUUGGUAUAUUUUUUAAGUUAGAGUAUUAUAGUUCCUAUAAGGAAGACAAAAUUAUUAAAAAUUUAUUUUGGGAAUUAGAAAAUAAUUUUAAGACCAGAAUCUCUUGCAUCUAUUUGGUGGAAUAUUUAUAUAUUAACAAUUUUGAAUAUUAAUGUGUUAUAUGUUUCAGCCAAAAUAGCUUUUAAAUUUGAUGAUAGCGCAAAUGAUGAACUUUAAUAAGCCAGAGAAAUUAUUUUUGAUGUAUUGCCCUCUUAUUCUUUUAUGCUUGAAAUAUUAUUGAAAUUCAAUACAUGUUAUUAUAAUAAAGGAGCAGUGGUAGAGAAUAGAUACCUGAUAGCAAAGAAUUAUUUUAGAUCAUGUAAUUAGAUAUUUAUAUUUGAAAUUUAGCUUUUAUGUUUGAUAUAUUUGUAAUAAUUCCAUAUUUUGUAAGUUAAAGAUUUGAUUUGGAAUAUUUAGAUUUGGUAAUAAUAUUAAAAGUGUUUUAAAUAAAGAAGUUUUCUCAAACAUUGUUUGAUAGAUUGGAAUUAACAGCAAUACAGAUUGUUAUAUUUGAUUUAAUAAAAUUAGUAUAUACAAUAUUAGCAGCUGCUCAUUUUUCAGCUUGUCUUUGGUUUUUAGUAGGAUCGACGGGAGAUCCAAAUUUGAAUUCAUGGGUUAAAGUAUAGAAUAUAGAGGAUGAACAUUGGUUUUAUUAAUAUAUGCAUUCAUUUUAUUGGAGCAUAAUAACUAUGACAACUAUAGGUUAUGGUGAUAUAACACCAUAAAAUUUAAGAGAAAGAGUAUUUGCAGUAGGGAUGGCAUUAUCAGCAGUAGGUGUAUUUGGAUAUUCAAUAGGGAAUAUAAAUACAAUAUAUGCAGAAUGGAAUAGAAGAAGUUUUUAGGUGAGAACAGAUAUGAAUAAUUUAAAAAAGUUUAUUCGUAUAAAGGGUAUUAAUAAACACUUAGCAGAAAAGAUUAGAAAAUAUUUUGAGUAUUUAUGGAGUGAUUAAAUGGAAGAUAAUGAUAGAGAAGUAUUUAAAUUUAGUGAAUUGAUUCCAAAAUAAUUAGCAGAAGAAAUGAAAGUAGAUACAAAUAUGAAAUUGAUAUCUAAAAUAAAUUUCUUAGCAUAGAAUUUUAGUGAAUAAUUUUUGAUUUAAUUAUCAAAAACAAUGGUAGAAGAGAAGUUUGUACCAGAAUCUAGAAUUUAUUAGGUAAUUAUAAUAUUUGGAGAAAGUUAGCAAAAUGAUCCAAGUGAUUAUUUAUAUAUUCUUUCAAAUGGAAGUCUAUCAUUUUAUAUAACAAUGAACAAUAAGUAAUAAACAGUAAAGAUAUUGGAGACAGUAAAAUAGGAAGGAAUACCAUUUGGUGUUUUAGAGUUCUUUUAGUCUUAAGCCUAUUAAAUGUCAUGCAAAUCAAAUCAAUUCUCAUAUGUUUUAAAAAUAGACAGAUCUUAAUUUAUAGAAAUUCUCAAGCAACAUUAAAAUGAUUAUGUAGAAAUCUCGAUUGUAUUAUUAAUAGUAUAAGUAUUGUGAAUUAGUGU